AAUGCAUCGAGGUUAUCGAAUCCAACUCAGGAGAUACUAAUAUUAUCAAUAAAGCUAGCGAUAAAGAAAAAAAAUGGUGGACCGAUGGGAAUUAUAAGCUUUGCUUAUUUGUUAGACUACCUCUGCGCCUAGUAGAAAAUGCGACAUACCAUGAUUAUGAGAAAAAGAGCGAAAUUGCAAAUGCAGGCAAAUUUUGGGAGUUUGAUGACGGCGUUGUUAUCAUAUAUGAGUUACCAAAUCGUGAUCAUGAAGCCGCACACUGA